AUGGCAAAACUUUCCUUUAAUCUUGGGGAUAUCAAAUCCUUACAGAAAUAUUCAAAUAGUGUUAACACAGCGCUUCAAAGCAAUGAGCCAUAUAAAAAUCUUUGCAAAAUAUUUGGAGACGACUAUGGACAUUUAUUGCCAAGAACUUGGACUGUAGGAGGAGUUCUGUCGAAAAAAUUUGAAUCUUAUACUACAAGAACUUUACCAAAAACAUUUCAACAUGAAUAUGAUAUAGAAGAUCCCAAAAUAAUUGAAAAAAUUGAAGCACAUUUAAAAGAGUGGAGUGAACGAUUUAAAGUGGACACAUCAUUUUUUAUUAGUGAUACUGGCACGUCUCAGAAAGAUCAAAAUUGGAGCAGUAAUUGGAGCCUUGUUUCUUCUGAAGACUGGACGCCAUUAUGCAAGAUUCUGAAAAAAACAUGCACUAUUAUUGAUAAUACUUUUAAAUUAUUUCAAAAGGAUGACCAGGACAUUUUCGUAAUUAGAUUCCCUGGUUCACUUAUUGACAAUAGCUAUCACAUUUUUGGAGCUAUCGUAAAGAAAGAUGAAAAGGGUGAUUGGAUAAAAUAUACAUAUCCUAAUUUAUCUGUCCGCCUGGGCGAAGAAAAAAUUAUAAUAGAUAUAAUAAAAGACGAAUCGGAACCUGAUCCAAAGCAUGAUAAAGACGGAUUUGAUGAUGAGGGUUCUGAUUGCGAGAUUGAUGAUAUUGAUGAUAAAACAGAACAAACCGUUCAAGAUACUGUCCUCAAAUGGUGUGUAAUCUACACUGACAGAGGAAAAUCUAUGAUUAGUGAAGUUAAUAAUUCUCAAAUACAUUUUUGGAAUUCAUUUGGUGAUUAUCUCGAUGACAGUAUGGAACGCCUGGGAGAGGAUGAUGAUUUACGUUUUGGACAGAAACCUCAACUGACGUUAGAACAAGCAAUUCAACAACAUAAUUUAGAUGAUGGUGAUUUGCUUGAAGCAUGGAAGGUCUUCAUAAAUUAUGCUAGGAGAGGAGAUCAUAUUGCACUUUAUUGGAUUGGAUUUUACCUACAAUUUGACAUUUUAACAGCUUCUAAUCUUUUUAGGAGAAGAUUUUACGAUGUAGCUAUAGAAGAGUUUGCAGAAAAUGCUGAAACAACCUUACAAGCUGCAAUUAUACUCUAUAAAAAAUCUGCAGAUUCUGGCUAUCAUGAAGCACAGCUAAGAUAUGGUUUUUGCCUUUAUUCGGGACAAGGUGUCCUCCAAGAUAAGGAGAAGGCUACGUAUUAUUUUAGAUUAGCUGGAGAGAAAUGUAAUUAUACUGCAAGUUACAAUUUGGGAGUCACUUUGAUAAUUAAUGAAAGUGAUAAUGAAAAAAGUAAAGGGGAGAAAUGGAUGAUUAAAGCGGCAACACAAAAUUCAAAAAGCUAUAGAUUAUUGCAAAGAACAUCAUAUUGUUUUUUAAUUGAGUUUGCUUAA